AUGGCCGCGCGCGACGCCGCCUCUCCCAACAACAAUGGCGAGCAACAGCACGCACCCCGGCACUGGUGGUACGGCUGGCGGAACCCCCCGCCCAGCAAGGGGGGCCCGGUCUGGGUCCCCGUCGAUAACGGCGACGACUGCCACGAAUGCGACGCCGGCAAGGGCAAGGACAACGGCAAGGAUAAGGACGGUGGAGGAUACUGGACGUGGGGGUGGGGGUGGAAGCCGCGUCCUAAGAAGCCCGGUAAGGGUAAGGGCGGCAGCCACAAGAAGCCUACCGACGGCGGUGGCAAGGACGGCUCCAAGGACGGAUCCAAGGACGGCAGCAAGGACGGCAGCCAGAAGCCUGGAGGUGGCACCACCUCCCCGGGCACCGACGGCUCCAAGGACGGCGGCCAGCAGCCCGGUGGCGGCGACACCACCUCGACCGGCACAGCCGGCGAGCCCCAACAGGGCAGCGGCGGCGACGGCACGUCGACCGGCCAGACGGGCAGCGGCACCCAGCAGCAGCCCGGCGGCAGUGGCACCGGCACGAACGGCGACGGCAGCCAGCAGCCCGGCGGCAGCGGCACCGGCACCGGCACGAACGGCGACGGCACCAACGACCCCAGCCGCUCCGGCAGCGGCAGCGGCGCGACCCCGACGCCGAGCGGGGACGGCGACUCGGUCGGCAUGGCGGGUGGCGGCAGCCCUAUCAGCGGCGCGGGCUCCAGCUCGCGCUCGCUCCAGCCGCCGAGCUGGAUGACUGCUCCUGCGCCCAGCCGGCCUGUCGAGUCGGCUUCGUCCUCGUGGUGGACUAUCGGCCCCGCAACGUGGUCGUCGCGCGCGCCGGAGCCUACCAACGGCAGCGGCGGAAACGACCCCGCCGCCGGCGGCGACCCCGCCGUCAGCCCUUCGCGCGUCGGCGGCACCGUCGCGCCAUCGCCCUCCGCUACCGGGCAGGUCGGCGAGGGAGUCCAGGCGCACCUCAGCGGGUCCGUCAUCGUCCCCGGUCCAGCGCCGUCCGACGGCGCGGACGGCGGCUCGUCGUCGUCGGCGUCGACGUGGUGGACGAUUGGCCCUGCGACGUGGUCCUCGCUCGCGCCGAGCGCGACCGGCAGCGGUAACGAGCCUGAAGGCUCGGGACAGGUCGGCGAGCCGCUCCAGUUCCAUGUUAGCGGCUCGGUCACCGUCGAAGGACCUGCACCAACUGGCACGAAGCUGCCGCCAGGCGGCACAACUUUCCCCGACCCCAGCCGCCCGGCAGAGUCUUCGUCGUCGUGGACUAUUGGCUCUGCGACUUGGUCGUCGCGCGCCCCACAGCCGUCAGAUGGCGGUGGCAACGACCCCGCUGGCACUGGUCCUGCUGGUGGCGGUGGAGACCGUGACCCGGCUGGCACUGGCGCCCCUGGUGGCGGCGGUGGUGGUGGCUCGUCGUCGUGGACUAUCGGCCCCGCCACUUGGUCCUCGCUCGCCCCGAACCCCACCCAGAGCAACGAGCCCGCCGGCACCGGUAUGGUCGGCGAGCCGCUCCAGUUCCACGUCAGCGGCUCAGUCACCGUCGAAGGCCCCGCUCCCUCCGCUCCGUCCGCCACGAAGCUCCCGCCGAGCUGGAUGACUGCUCCUGGACCUAGCCGCCCGGCCGAGUCCUCCUCCUCUACCUGGUGGACGAUUGGCCCCGCGACCUGGUCGUCGCUUGCUCCGAACCCCACCGACGGCGGCAACGAGCCCAGCCAGCCCGUGGGCACUGCGCCCGGUGGCGGCGGUGGAGACCGUGACCCCGCCGGCACUGGCCCAGUUGGUGGUGACGGCGGUGGUUCGGCUCCCCCUUCGUCGUCGUGGACCAUCGGCCCUGCCACAUGGUCGUCGCGCGCGCCCAACCCGACCCAGAGCAACGACCCCGCUGGCCCCGGCCCGGACGGUGGCUCAGUCUCGCCGCACCAGACUAUCGGCCCUGCGACCUGGUCCUCGCUCGCCCCCAACCCCACCGGCAGCGCCACCGAGCCCGAAGGCUCGGGGCAGGUGGGCGAGCCGCUGCAGUUCCACGUCAGCGGCUCGGUCACGGUCGAGGGCCCCGCGCCGACGGGCACGAAGCUCCCGCCAGGCGGCACGACGUUCCCCGAGCCCAGCAGCCCAGCCGGCUCGUCCUCGUGGACGAUCGGCCCGACGACGUGGUCCUCGCGCGCGCCGCAGCCUAGCGACGGCGGCGGCAGCGACCCCGCUGGCCCUGGUCACGACGGUGGCUCCGUCUCGCCGAACCCGACGCAGAGCAACGAUCCCGAGGGUGAGGGACCCGCCCCCUCGGCGCCGCGGUCGGGCGGAGGCUUGACCACCUCCGCGCCCCAAGCGUCUUGGACCAUUGGCCCUGCCACUUGGACGACAGUCUAUGCGCCCGCUGGCACUGGCCCCGAUAUCGGCGGCGGCAGCCACAGCGCGUCUGGCACCCAGUCGGCUUACGAGCCCGCUGGAACUGGCCCCGACAUUGGCGGCGGCAGCGGCACGCGCUCUGCGUACGAGCCCGCUGGCACUGGCCCAGAUAUCGGCCACGGGUCGGCUUCCGCCGCGUCGUGGACGAUUGGUCCUCCCACUUGGACGACGGCGCCAGGCCCAGACGGUACCGGCCCCGCGCACGGCAGCGGCUCUCCCUCGUGGACCAUUGGCCCCGCUACCUGGUCCUCGAGGCCGCCGAACCCCACCGAGAGCGACUACCGCGUCUCCGCUUCCGUGGGCGGCGGUGAGGCCACCAACUCGCCCCACGGGUCGGUCUCCGCCUCCGUUGGCGGCGGUGAGCCCACCAACUCGCCCCACGGCUCCGUCUCCGCCUCUGUUGGUGGUGGAGAGGCCAUUAACUCGCCGCCCCACGUCACUGCCUCUGUUGGCGGCGGCGAUGCCACCACCUCGCCCCGCGUCUCGGCUUCGGUCGGCGGUGGUGAGGCAACCCACUCGCCGUCCCACGUCACCGCCUCUGUUGGCGGCGGUGAAGCAACCACCUCGCCCCGCGUCACCGCCUCCGUCGGCGGCGGUGAGGCAACCAACUCGCCACCCCACGUCACCGCGUCCGUCGGUGGCGGUGAGGCCACUACCUCGCCGCGCGUCUCGGCUUCGGUCGGCGGUGGUGAGGCCACUAACUCGCCGUCCCACGUCACUGCCUCUGUCGGCGGUGGUCAGGCGACCAACUCGCCGCACGUGUCCGCGUCUGUCGGCGGCGGUGAACCCACCAACUCGCCUCACGGCUCCGUCUCCGCCUCUGUUGGUGGCGGUGAGGCCACCACCGCGCCCCGCGUCACCGCCUCCGUCGGAGGUGGUGAGGCCACCACCUCGCCCCGCGUCUCCGCCUCUGUUGGCGGUGGUGAGGCAACCAACUCGCCCCACGGCUCGAGCGUGACCAUCGGCCCGGCUAUCACGACCUCGGGUCCUCCGAACCCCAGCCCCACCGACGACGGCGACGAGGUAGACGGCUCGAUCACCCACGGCACCGUCACGCCGGACAAGGGCAGCGGCUCCGACAGGCCGCAGUCGACGCACCGCGACGUCCAGAGCACUGUCAGGCCUUCCCCUACCGACAUUGUCAUCCCCGCUCCCGACAGCUCGUCUGGCCCCGGCCAGGGAGGCGACAGCGGUACCGGCGGCGACGCUGGUGCUGGCCCCGGCGGCGGAGACGGCGGCAGCGGCGGUGACGGCGGCCGUGGCGGCGCGGAUGGUGGUGGUAAGGGCGGAAAGGGUGGCAAGGGCGGCAAGGGCGGCGACAGUGGCGGCUCCAACCCACCCAACGGCGGUGGCUCGAGCUCUGUCACCGGCGGCGGCUCCACCACGACCAGUGGCUCCCCGCCUAACGGCCGCGACGGCGUGACCGUCUCCGACAUCCCGCCCGCGUGGACCACGACGACGUCUCAGCCCCGCCCUACCUACGGCGAGGACGGAGGUAUUGGGGGCCAGCCCCAGUCGAGCUCCUCAACCAUCGUCCCGGGCACCACCAGGCCCCAGCCUAGCGACGAAGCAGGCGGCGGCGACGGCGGUGAGGGCGGCAAGAGCUCGCUCGGCGCCACGUGGACUACGACGACGUCCAACCCGAACCCGACCGAGAGCGGUGAGCCCGGCGAGGCGACGACCUCCUCCUCGGGCCUCGGCCCUGCCGUGACCAGAACCACGCAACGCCCCGGUGAGGGCGAGUCCAGCGCCAGCUACACCUUCCCGCCGGCGUUGACCACCACGACGACUCAGCCCGAGGAGUCUGGUGCUGAGGGCGGCGACAAGUCGUCGCUUGGCUUCACGUGGACCACAACCACCUCGCAGCCUCGCCCCACCGAUGGCAGCGACGGCGGUGAACACGCCAGUGCCAGCACCACCUCUGCAUCUUACAUCGGGCUGGGCAUGACCCGAAGCACCCAGAACCCAGCCGACGGCGGCGAGCCCACCACCUCCUCCUCGGGCCUCGGCCCGGCCGUGUCCAGAUCGACGCAGCGCCCCGGCGAGGAGGAGCCCAGCGUCAGCUAUACGUUCCCACCGGCGUUGACCACCACCACGUCGCAGCCUCGCUCCACGGAUGGCAGUGAUGGCGGUGAACACCCCAGCGGCAGCACCACCUCUGGGUCUUACGUCGGCCCUGCCGUGACCAGGAGCACGCGCAACCCCGCCGACGGUGAGCCCAGCGCGCCAAGCGGCAGCUGGACGAUCCCGCCCGCCUGGACGACGACGACGUCCAAGCCCGAGGAGACCGGUAACCCCACCGCGCCUGGCAUCCACUCGUCCGGCUCGGUCGUGGUCGUCGUCGGGCCUGGCACGUACACCGUCACUCCCGUGACUGUGUCUGCGCCGUGUGCCGCGACUGCCUAA